AUGGGUAGCGCUCCGUCGAAGCAGAUCGAGGCCGGGGCGCAGGAGAAGCUGGCCGAGGCCCUCCGUGCCAUGGAGCUGAGGAACGAUCGCGAGCUUGUCGAGAAGGAUUACGUCUACGUCCAGGACGAUGCGCCUCCCAAAUACGCACCCUCCGAACACCAGUCGACCGUUUCUGUAUCCGCGACCGAGAAAUGGGAAAGGGAACUCCUCGACGACCCCAAGAACCAGCUCGCCCUCAAUGCGCUGCAGUCGAACAACGCCAACGCCAUCCUCAUGAACAACCGCGCUGUCGUUAGCGACUCGCAGAUCUUCAACCUGUCGAUCCCCUUCGAGGGUGCUCCCGUCACCAACCAGCGCUCCUCUGGCCGGUGUUGGCUGUUCGCGUCUCUGAACGUCUUCCGGGUAUCCAUAAUGAAGAAGUACAAACUGGACAAGUUCGAGCUGAGCCAGCAAUACGUAUUCUACUGGGACAAGAUUGAAAAGGCCAAUUAUUUCCUCGAAAAUAUCCUGCAGACGGUCGAUGAGCCCCUUGAUGGCCGCCUGCUUCAGUCGCUUCUGGCGAGCCCGGUUGGCGAUGGCGGCCAGUGGGAUAUGGUCGCCAAUUUAGUGACCAAGUACGGCCUGGUCCCGCAGUCUCUCUACCCCGACACCUUCAACGCCAAGAGCUCUUCCUUGAUGGACAAACUUAUCACCACGAAGCUCCGAGAGCACGCCCUCAGGCUGCGCAAGCUUGCCUCAUCCACGAACCCUUCUGUUCGGGCCUCGAUUGGCGGCGCCAAGGACAAGAUGAUGCGCGAGAUCCACCUGAUCUUGACGUUGAUGCUGGGUCCCCCGCCCUCGCCGUCCAAGGCCUUUACCUGGGAGUUCUACGACAAGGAUAAGAACUUCAACUCGAUCACAACGCGGCCAACUGCCUUCGCCAGGGAGCUUUCGGAUAAUCGCACGGUCAAGGCGUGUGGCGGUGCUGAUGUGCACAAGCUGUUCAGUCUGGUGAACGACCCGCGUAACACGUACAACACGCUGUUGACCGUUAACCGGCUUGGCAACGUCUGGGGCGGCCGGCCCAUCACCUACGUCAACGUUGACAUGACGACGAUGAAGAAGGCUGUGAUCGAGAUGCUGCGCAAGGGCUUCCCCGUCUUCUUCGGCAGCGACGUUGGCAAGUACUCGGACUCGACCAAGGGCAUCAUGGACACAGCGCUGUAUGAUUACGAGCUCGGCUUCAACACGCGUCUUGGUUUGAGCAAGGCUGAGCGCCUGAUGACUGGCGAGAGCGCCAUGACCCAUGCCAUGGUCCUUACUGCGGUGCACAUCGACGAGAAGACGGGCAAGCCUGUGCGCUGGCGCGUUGAGAAUAGCUGGAGUGAGUCGGCAGGAUCGCAGGGCUACUUUGUCAUGAGCGACGCUUGGAUGGAUGAAUUCGUGUACCAGGCUGUGGUGGACCCUAGCGUCGUGAGCAAGGAGGUUCGCGAGAUUCUGAAGCAGGACCCUGUCGUCCUUGAUCUGUGGGAUCCUAUGGGUGCUCUUGCUUGA